AUGAACGUGCAUGGAAAAAAAUGGUUUAUUUCUGUUGUAGAGUUUUGGGGAUUAAUGAGCAAUUAUCUUUUAUGUUUUUAUUUUUAUUUUAUUUUCAGUACGCAAAGGUUUUUCUUUGCAAAUAAUAUGGAUGGUACUCAGCAAUUACGAGCCCGACGUCGCUAUCGGGCUUUGCUUCGACAGGCAGAGUCUUUGCAGAAACUUGGCCAAAUUGACGAGACACUCAGUGUUGAACUUCAGAAACUUGAGCAAGAGUAUCCAGAUUUGAAAAAAGCAUUAGGAUCGGUUGAAGGUGGAAUACGAUUAAAUACGGAUUGUGCAAUAAACAAAGACAAGACGGAGAAAAAGUUUUUUUCCGAGAAAACUGCAACUAUUACAGCUUCUACCUGCCCAACAGAGGAAAAAAAGCAGGACCUUGAUUCUCAUUUAGCAUCGCCAGCGGGGCAUUUUACCGAUGAGUUGAAACACACGGAUUUUUCGAAUGAUCGAGAGAAACGGAAGCCCACUGCACGCUUUAGUGGAGGUGUCGCUUUUUUUUCCUGCGCAGUAAACAUCUGGACCGAAUCUCAUUUACCCAGUUUCUUUAGCAUAUUUUCCUAUAUUACGAUUACCUUAUUGACCAUUCUCGUCGCUUUUCUUCAUCGCUAUUUUGUGGAUCCGUGCUCACUGGUGGGGAAAUCCAUCUCACCUCUGUUGCUUACUUACCUUGUUCAUUUUCAGGGUCUUGCUCUCAUUCAUUUGAAGAGGCCAGAAAGAAUAUCGAGGGCAAUGCUUUUGGUUUACCUGGUUUUUGAUGUGUUGCCAUCGAUGUUGUUUGUAUUUUUUGUAUACAUGCUGACAACAAUUACACUGGAACUGUUUGAGCAAAGUUUUUCCUACUAG